AUGGACAAGUUAAAGACCAUGAUGGACAAAGGAAAUGUCGAGGACAAGACAGGACCAAGUAGUCGAUUGACAGGACAAGGGUCUCAUUUCCCCAAGAACGAAGAGCAGCCUGUGGGUGCCGCAACUGGUGUCCAGGAAAACACAACCGCGGGAGAUACUCGAGGCACAGAUAUACAACAGGCUCGUGAAGGCGGCCUGGCUAGUCAAUUGCCUGGCCGUGGCCCUGGUACAGCUGCCAUUGGCGAAACCUCGACAUAUAGUUCCCAUACACUGCGUACAGGCGAUCCUGUUCCAAAUGUCGUUGACUUCAGAUCCGAGGACCCCGCCACGUAUCGGGCACCCGAACACUCCUAUGUGUCCAGCAGGGGCAUACCUGAGGGUGGUCCCUUGGCCGCCGCAGCCCACGCAUUUCACAAGGACAAGGAUUAUAGUACUUCUCACCUCCCUGGAGCAUUUCCCAGUGACACAACAGCCCACGACGCUACCACAAUCGCGCCUUCUACCUUGACGACGACAACAUCACCAGCCGAGCGAUCAGCGGUUUACGGUGAGGCCGAGAAGACUAAAGUGCCUGACGCAGCUGCCGCAGCCCAGUUCGCAACAAGAGCUGCCCCUGGAACCCAAGAGCCAGCCUCAGAAGAGCCCAGGAGCUCUGGAACGAUUGGCAAGAUCCUUGGUGCAGUGGGUUUAGGGACUGCCGCAAGUGGUGCUAUGGUGGCUACCUCGAGGGCUGAGGAAGAUCAACAGCACGCCGUAGCAGACACUCCUAAUCAACCUACGACUACCACUGGCGUCGAAUCCUACACCUCCCCAAGUCGCUCAGGGCCUCCAUCGUCACAUCACAGAAAAGAGAGUAUUCCCACCACAGCCUACCCAGCGGGUGUGGAUUCUCCUGCGCCGAUCAAUCCGCCGAUCGGGGGCAUCUCCGCAACUUCAGACCAGGAGGAAAAGGACCAUGCAGCUCGCAAUACGGGACUGGCCGCUGGAGCGGCAGGCGUUGGGGCUGGCGUAGCGGCGGCGGGCGUUUAUUCUAUGCGAGGUCGAGAGCAAAACACAGCCGAGACCGACUGGCCUCUUCGAAAUGACACCACGGCUGCGACGCCCGCAACGGCAACGGUUCCCACAUCAGAGGGCGCUAUCAAGACAACACCGGCAGGUCAAACCGCCCGACAACCGCAUACCGCGUAUGAGGCUGCACCUGCUACGACUGAAACAUCCAUCGUAUCAGAAUACAAGCAACCUCAAGAAAGACCAGAGGCGCAAACCAAGAAGGACAAAGCCAACCAGGAGGCUACCCGUGCUGGGCCAACAAGUGCCGAGGGUGGAGCAUCCAGAACAUCCGAAUACUCUGAAGGGCAGGAUACGGUCUCAGGGGAAACAGAAUCACGGAGACACAAAAAGGAAAAGGAAGCUGCACUUGCUGGAGUUGCAGGUGCUGGAGCUGGGGCUGGGGCUGCUGGGUUGUAUGAGCAUAAUAAGCGGCAAGACAGACUGGAGGAAGACACUCAGAGGCAGAAAGAUUUAGCGGAACAAGAGGCUGCCCGCCAGAAGCAAUUCGAAAAGGAUCAGAAGGCAGCUGAAAAGCAAGCCAAGAAGGAAGAGAAGCAACAUCAAAAGGAGAUUAAAAAAGAAGAAAAGCAGCACCAGAAAGAGCAGGAGAAGCAGGAGAAGCAUCACCAGAAAGAAGUUGACAAGGAAACCGCCGCUAGGGAAAAGGCUGCGGAGAAGGAAGAAAGACACCGGCGCGAGGAACUCGAGCGCGAUCAAAAGGAGCGCGAGAAAGCCACAGCUGCUGCUGCCGCCGGAGCUGGUGCAGGUGCAGCAACCGGCGCUGGUGCAUAUGAAGUGCAUGACAAAGACCGACAUCCGCCUCCCACAACGGUGACCGACGAAUCGGGUCGGACGAAACUCCACAAAGAGCCAGAGGAGAAGAAGCCGGGUCUUUUGAAACGAAUCUUCAAGCGUCGCAAGAACAAGGAUACUGGCGAAGAAGAAGAAUACGAGGACCACGACUAUGAUGAGCCCGAGGCUGAGCAUGGUGACCAUCAUAUUGCCGAAGCUGGAGUCGUUGGGGGCACAGGUGCUGCCGUCGCCGGGACUGCUGCUGCUUCUUCUCAUGAGCCACCCACAAGUUCAUACGAGGUACAGAGUGGUGGUCUUCAGAAGCCAUCGUACAAUCCCUUCUCCAAGGACGAUCCAGCACAUGAGCACCCAACAACGUCCAGUGCCCACUAG